UCACAUUCAGAUAAUAUUUAUAAUGUCGUUUACACAUUUUUGGAAGCCUGUUAAAGUAUCAUUUUACAAACUUCGUGUCAGUGAUGUCAUUCAUGGCGUACUGGAAAUUUGUUUGGUUUCAAACCGCAUGAGACUGUGCAUUUGGUGAACAACACAGAUCUGUUUAUUAUUCAGUUUUUUAUCCACCUUGUAGAAGGAAAUACGCAUUUUAUCGAAGGACAUGAAGAAGAGGAUUCAUAUUUGUAAUGCUGUAUAAGGUCAUGGUUGCUGCAGGGAACACCCGAGAAAUUUCGGAAAGUGUUUCUUGAGAAGACAUGAUGAAAGAAGCAAAGGUCCCAUCUCUUUUUUUCAUUGUGGCAUUUUUAAUACUAGUCGAGGGAAUAUUAUUCAACGAAAAGAAACUUGGAGAAAUAACUCCUAUAAAUCCACUGGCAUUAGUGAACGAGAUUUUGGAGUUAAACUGUACAGUGUUUGAGGAUUCUGGAUUGAACAAUUCUAUGAUAUUCUGGGAAGACUACAAUGAAACAAGAGUGACAGAAGAGACAGUGAUUCCUUUUGGGGAGCGUACUUUGUUAUUUAAGAAAAACAUCACUGGUGUCGAAGAAGAAGGGAUGUAUGCCUGCAAAAGUAUUGAUGGUCGUGAUAUUUCUUAUUCAUCAUUGGUUAUUGAAUAUGAAGCGGUGCGUGAUGUAACAAACUUCAACUGUAUUCUAUUUAAAAGUCGAGAUGAGUUUAUAUGUACCUGGAAACUUGGCCUGUAUCAUCAUCCUGCCUACCUCAAAAUUAACGCAAGUGUGUCCAUGGACAACAAGAGACUGAUACCGUGCCCUCAAAAUGACAAAGAAAAAUGCACAUGGACCUCAGACGACGGUGCAAUAAACUCUGUCUUAAAGAUUGUUAUUCUCCAAAUAACAAACCGAAGAUAUGGCGUCAGUAAAACAAUUCGCAGAGAAUAUACUACGCGGGAUAUAACAAAAUAUGACCCCCCAAAAUCAAUACAAGUUAUGAACCAAAACUCCACAGAUUGCACAUGUGCUAAUGUUCAGUGGGAAGGCAUAUCUGGCGGUGUAGAUACCUCCUCUCGAGUUACUAUGUAUUCCAAAUGGGAGACUAGUGAUAUUUCUGUGGAGACGGACGGGAACACUAGUCUUACUGUAUGUGACUUGGUACCAGCUUCUACGUAUGUAGUUCAGGUUCAAGUGAAGCCGAAAGGAGGGCAAUACUACAGCGACAUGAACAAAACUUCACUUAUCACGUGUUCAACAGCUCCGUCAAUGGCGCCAUCUGUAAACAGAAGUGGGUAUUCAUCCGCUAAGUGUUACGAUUUGACAACUCAUCGAAAAGUCACAGUUUAUUGGAAGAAAAUUCCAAAACGAUUUCAAAAUGGUCAUUUCAUAAACUAUACCAUUUCAUAUGGAGAUAAUGUUCAUGUGAUCCCAGACAAUUCAUAUGGAGAAAUACAGAUUCCAUGUAAAAGCAACAGUAUUGUAACCGUUAAGGGAUGUAAUCAAGAAGGUUGUUCACCAGAGUCAAAUAUUACGAUACCACAGUUUGGAGAGGUUAUUUUGCCUACGAGCGUGAUCGUGGAACAUGUUGAUGCAUCCAAAGUAGAGCUUUCUUGGUUCCAUACAGAGAGACAGACAGCAGUUGAUAUAAUAUGGUGCAAGGGACGAUCUGGAACACUACAAUGUCUGGAUGAAAUAGAUCUAUUGAGAAUAAAUGGAAGCGGAACACAAACUUCUCUGUCAGCUAGUGAUGUCAAUAGCAAAAUUGACGAUGUCUAUUUUGGAGUGGCUUUAAUAAAUGACAAACAGUUAAGUGGUGGUAUAAAAUGGCAGGAAACAUGUAGAUACCAAAGGAAUAAAGAACCGAUGAAGAUAAUGGGUGUCAAGGUUCUCCCAGAUGCUCCAGAAAACAGCUUGAUUAUAUCCUGGUCCCCUGUAAUCUGUGAUACAUCAAAUAUAAACAACGUUUACGUUCACUCGUAUGAAAUAAUUUUCUGUCGACUGGAUGCGGAGAAUCAAUGCAUUGGUGACGAAAGUUCUGUAGAACUUCCAGCAACUGACAACACACAAUACACUCUUCGAAAUCUCCACUCCAAUGUUAACUAUGGUGUAUGGGUAAGGGCCAGGUCGUUGAGAAAGAAUGGACCCAGGAGUGACAUGGUGACAGGAAUCCCUAUUAAUAAUGAUUUACCUACCAGUGCUGUAGCAGGCUUAAUUGUCGCAGGAAUUUUUGUUUUUGUUUUGGUUAUGGCUGGAGGAGUUUGCAUUUUAAGAAAUUUAAGAAAAAAACUGGGUUUCGACGAUACCUUCCCAAUUCACAUGCCUAAUGUAGAACUUAAGACUGGGGAAACAAACCUCAACGCGCCAGCCAAUGGUUUGAAGUCUCCAUUCACUAUGUCUAGCGAAUCAAAAGAAGGGUGUGGAUUUUCACAAUCAGCAGAGAGAGCGAGUGUCCUUUGUAGCUCUAAUGAUACGUUAAUCAAAAUUCUUAAUGGAAAUCCAAAAAAUAAAUCCCUUCAUACGAAUGACACUCCUUUAGGUCUGACUGAUGUCCCCAGUGAGAUAGGCAGAUCUAAAGGAGGUGAUAACGAAAGGACGCUUCCUACGGUAGCCAAUAGUAAACCCACAUCGCCGAUAAUAAACCCCAAGGAAAAACAAAUCCAAAAGGAAGAAGAGUCAAAAGAAAUCCUGCCUCCUGAUUAUUCAAAAGCAACUACAAUUGCACUUACUUGUCUCCAUGAGAUAGAAAGAUCGCCAAAUAAGGAAGAAAAUGGUACAAAUGUUUCGCCAUUAAACUCUUACGAUAAUACACUGGAAACAACUUUCACAGUAGAUGACAAUAUAAAAGAAAAUGAAAUCAGUACUAAUAUAUGGAAGGAAGAUUAUACAGAAGAAAUAUCAACAUCUCCACAAUAUAUCACAAAUGACCCUUCUUUCAAUAACGAUGAAAGCUAUGUAACUAAUGAUUUAAGACAUUGGUACAACGACAGAAAACUUUCUGACAGCAAUGCUAGUAAUGAGAUUGAGCGAUGUCAAAAAGUCCUCUUGUCUGUCCCUGCGGUGAAGCAGUUAGUGGAUCCUGUAGAAUGUAAAGAAAUGCCUGAAAACCUUCUGAACAGUAUUAAAACUACUAUUCUAGACAAUGCUUAUAAAAAUGAAAAUACUGCAUCAUCUCUGGACACAAAAACACCUACCAUGAACCAAGAGGACAACUUUGGAAGUAAAAUGUGGUCAAAGGAUUAUGUUCAUACUGAUGCUACAAAAACACUAGAUCACUGUUUAACAACGAAUACUGCUAUUGAUUCUGUUGGUGCGGAAAUGUGGGAUGAUUAUGUUCCUAAUGACACCCAGCCAGUUUCAGAAUCCGAUACAAGAGACACUUUCUAUGUAAAACAAAUACCUGUCUACCUCCCAAACGAUCCAACAAACAAGAACAACAAUGAGGAAAACGGAGACCAUGUUGGAUAAUUAUAUUCUUUAUUCUGGAGCAAUGGACGAGAAUCUCUAGUCAGAAUUUUUAAAUGCCUGCUUAUUUUCCUUACAUCUUUUUGUUUUCAUUUUGCUAUUUGCUAGUCAAAACAAGGUUUCUACACUUCAGAGAUUAUACAGCAUCCUGGCAAGCUUGAACAAAAUGCAAUAAUAGUUGGUGAAGAUACAUCCAUGUUUUAUUUUAAGUACAGAUAUCUCUAAAUCAUUUAUUGGAAUUCUUUUACGUAAGCGACAUUCUAUGGACAGUUUCAUGAUUGACAUGUGUGUGUGAGAGAGAGUGUGUGUGUGAGGGUGUUUGUGUGUGUGCAGUAAUUACUUAAAUACUUUUAUAAGUAAGCAUUCUUUUUAUGAAGAAAAAAGUGUGACAUUCUUGUAUAUGAACUUAAUGAUCUUUGAUUUCUUUCAUUAUCCUGUUUCAAAAGAUUGUUUAAGGUUGCAUUUUAAUUUGCAUCAUAUCACUCAUUCAUAUUGAAAAUGUUUUAAAUUUUUAAAACAUCGGGUGCAUUUUGGCAAAGAAAAAUAUAUUAUAAUUUU